AUGGUAAUCUGUAAAGUGCGAUUGAAUAGAUUUAAAGCGAAACUCCCGGCGACUGAUCUCGAGGCGCGACAGACCUAUAAUUCUAGAGUUCAGUCAAGAGUUGACGACCAAAAGAGUGAUACAGAAGAGUCUAAGGCUGAGGAAGAGAUACAAAAUGAUGGCGAAACUGUUGCCGAAGAGAUCAAAACACCGGAAUUAUUGCCAUCCGAACCAAUAGAUCCAUCGAAAGUGGCCAAAGAGGUGCAGACAAUCACCAGUGAAGUGACACAACAUGUGAACGGGAAUCAGAUUCAGGUGAAGACACACACUCACACCACAACCAUUCAGCGACCGCUUCAUCCGUCGGAGUUUGACACGGAUUUAAUCGCACCGACAGUUCCGGUGGAGGCCAACGACUUGGACGCCACGUCGGUUCAGGAGACGCCACCACUAGUGGUCUCGCGAACGUAUUCAGUGACCGAACGGAGUAUGAGAACCACUGUUAUCCCUGUGUUUGACGGCACGUCUACCGCCAGCCAUACCGUAACCGAAAGUUAUUUCAUUCGCAAAUUGAUUACCGUCUAUAAGACUCUUCCGCCCGGAGAUAUGUUUCUUCUGGAAACGGCGAGCAAUGCGUUCAACGAUACAAAUUUCGGAAACGAUUUGUCGGCCGCCGAACAAAGUAUUCCUUCUCUAUACGAAGGCGCGAUUGAGAUAACCGAUGAGCCCGACAACGAGUUAGUGAGCGCCACACCCGUCGCUCAAUCGGUAUCGGUUCCUACUUUGGAGCCGAACCCUAAUAUGGGCUUUUUGGCCAACAACCAGUUGCCGCAGUUUGAUGUGAAUAACCCGCUAUUCCUGGCGGCCGCUCUCCAGAACCCGCAGUUGGCGGCCGUAUAUCUCGGUUUACAACAACUGAAACAACAGCAACAACAACAACAACAGGCGCCCCAAUACAGCACAAUCACUAAACCGACCACUUAUGUGACCACAGAUACGGUGUACAACACAAAAGUGGUCAGCUUUUAUGACGGCCGCUCCACCCGUUCCCGAACUAUU